CUAUGGUAGCACCAUUUCUCCUGUAUGCAAAGUGUAGAUGAGCGGUGGCUACGAAUUGAUCCAAAGUGUGGUAUUUCCUUGUUCGUUUGCUAAAUUCUAAGUAAAAAAGUCCGAAUUUUGUCCCCGACCUUCUCUUAAACAAUGGCUGAUCCUAAGAAUCCCGAUGAUCUAGCUACUGCCAUCCUCAAGAAGAAGGAUCGUCCAAACCGUCUUAUUGUCGAGGAGGCCGUAAACGAUGACAACUCUGUUGUGUCGUUAUCACAGGCGAAAAUGGACGAACUGCAACUAUUCCGUGGAGACACAGUUCUGCUUAAGGGGAAGAGACGAAAAGAAACUGUUUGCAUUGUUCUUUCUGAUGAAAAUUGUCCAGAUGAGAAGAUUCGCAUGAACCGCGUGGUAAGAAACAAUUUGUGUGUUCAUAUAUCGGAUGUUGUAGCUAUACAGUCUUGCCCGGACGUAAUGUACGGGAAGCGUGUUCGAAUUCUUCCUAUCGACGACACUGUCGAAGAUUUGACUGGUAAUUUAUUCGAAGUAUAUCUGAAACCGUAUUUCUUGGAGGCUUAUCGUCCUAUUCACAUGGGUGAUAACUUCAUCGUUCGCGGAGCUAUGCGAGCGAUUGAAUUCAAAGUUGUCCUAACUGAACCAGAGCCGUAUUGCAUUGUAGCCCCUGAUACAGUAAUAUUUUGCGAUGGAGAUCCGAUCAAACGGGAGGAAGAAGAAGAAUCACUAAAUGCUGUAGGCUACGACGACAUUGGUGGCUGCAGGAAACAGUUGGCUCAAAUUAAGGAAAUGGUUGAGUUGCCCCUCAGACAUCCAUCUUUGUUUAAAGCCAUUGGAGUUAAGCCGCCACGCGGUAUCUUGAUGUACGGUCCACCAGGUACUGGCAAAACGUUGAUUGCCCGCGCCGUAGCCAACGAAACUGGUGCAUUCUUCUUCCUGAUCAACGGUCCUGAAAUCAUGUCGAAAUUGGCUGGCGAGUCGGAAUCGAAUUUGAGAAAAGCGUUUGAGGAGGCAGAAAAAAACGCACCUGCAAUUAUUUUCAUCGACGAAAUUGACGCAAUUGCCCCGAAACGAGAGAAAACCCAUGGUGAAGUCGAAAGGCGCAUAGUUUCACAGCUUUUAACGUUGAUGGAUGGAAUGAAGAAAAGUUCACAUUUGAUCGUUAUGGCGGCUACAAACCGACCAAACUCAAUCGAUCCUGCUCUGCGUCGCUUUGGCCGUUUUGAUCGCGAAAUCGACAUCGGAAUUCCGGAUGCUACAGGGCGUCUUGAAGUGCUCCGCAUUCAUACAAAGAAUAUGCGUCUGGCCGAUGAUGUCGAUCUUGAACAAAUCGCAGCUGAAACACACGGUCAUGUGGGCGCUGAUUUGGCGUCACUGUGCUCUGAAGCGGCCUUACAACAAAUUCGUGAGAAGAUGGAUCUAAUCGAUCUGGAAGAUGACAAGAUUGAUGCAGAGGUUCUGAAUUCAUUAGCUGUAACAAUGGAUAACUUCAGAUACGCUAUGACGAAAUCAACUCCUUCGGCUCUCAGGGAAACUGUGGUCGAGGUACCAAGUGUUACUUGGACUGAUAUUGGUGGUCUUGAAAAUGUCAAGAAAGAACUGCAAGAAUUGGUACAGUACCCGGUCGAACAUCCAGACAAAUUUUUGAAAUUUGGCAUGCAGCCCAGUCGAGGAGUCCUAUUUUAUGGUCCCCCUGGCUGCGGUAAGACACUGCUGGCUAAGGCGAUAGCCAAUGAAUGCCAAGCAAAUUUCAUUUCGGUCAAAGGUCCGGAACUUUUGACUAUGUGGUUUGGUGAAUCGGAAGCUAAUGUUCGAGAUAUCUUCGAUAAGGCCCGAUCAGCUUCUCCUUGCGUACUGUUUUUCGACGAAUUGGAUAGUAUCGCAAAGUCACGUGGUGGUAAUGUGGGUGAUGCUGGUGGCGCAGCAGACAGAGUUAUCAAUCAGAUCCUCACCGAAAUGGAUGGAAUGGGUGCGAAGAAGAACGUUUUUAUCAUAGGGGCAACAAAUCGACCAGAUAUCAUUGAUCCGGCUAUAUUGCGUCCUGGCCGUUUAGAUCAACUUAUCUACAUCCCACUUCCUGAUGAGAAAUCACGCGAAGCAAUUUUGAAAGCCAAUCUACGAAAAUCACCAUUAGCUAAGGAUGUCGACUUGAACUUCAUUGCUAAAGUAACACAAGGAUUUUCGGGUGCCGACUUGACGGAAAUUUGCCAACGAGCGUGCAAAUUGGCUAUCAGACAAGCCAUUGAAGUGGAAAUAAGGCGGGAGAAGGAACGCGCAGAGAAGCAAAAUGCCGCAAUGGAUAUGGAUGAAGACGAUCCAGUUCCAGACAUAACCCGCGCUCACUUCGAAGAGGCAAUGAAGUUCGCUCGACGGUCAGUGUCCGAUAAUGACAUUCGCAAAUAUGAGAUGUUUGCCCAAACAUUACAACAGUCACGCGGCUUCGGUUCAAACUUCAGGUUCCCAACAAACGCUGGAUCGUCGUCUCAGGGAUCAGGAUCCAAUCAACCAUCCAAUCCGCCUGGUGAUAAUGGUGACGAUGAUCUCUACAGUUAGAUACCUAAUUAAAUGAGAAAUAAGUAUGAAUAAACCCAAAAAGAAACGACUAUUCUACUAGUGAAGCAUAAGUUAAAAUAAAAAGAAACGACUACAAAACAUGAAUAAGAAAUUCUGGGGAAAGACCAUUUGUAAUGCAAUUGCACGAAAUUAACAUCCCACAAAAGUUAGACGGUUUUACGAAAACAGGAAUGCAAUUGCACACAUAAUAUUUUAUAUUUUCUGAAGGAAAAACUAAGAAAAUCAUCAACAUAAAAUUAGUUUGGUAUUUUGCGAUUGGGUUAUUAAAUUAUAAUUUUUUUAUUCCACAUUUCUGUCUUAUCUCGAAAUGAAAUUCUUUUUCUUGCAUAGAUUAGAUUUUUUUCUAUAGAUUAUGGAAUUACAUCAUACAAAUAAAAUGAGCGUAUGCUUUACAAAC